GAUUCCUCAAAUAUUACUUUUGAUACUCUGUUAGUGGUAUCAGAGCCUCUUUUUCGCUGAAAACAAGUUUGAUCCUGAAACCAUGGCCAACCAAAGCCCCUCAACAGACUCAAGCAAGACUACCAUCACCACUCCAGCAAUUGUUGCCGCUCCAACUGUUGGCAACCCAAACACCAAUUCAACCAAUGUCAUCACCUUCAACGUUGCUGUUCAGUUUCCAGUGAAACUCACUACUGAUAACUACUCAAGUUACAGUAGGCAAUUUAUUUCACUGCUCAAAGUCUAUCGGUUGUACGAGUUCGUGCUGGGAAUGAGGCCAUGUCCACCUAUAGAUCCCACUCCAAACUCACCUUAUGAUGUUUGGAAGAGGAAUUGUUUAUUGAGCAACCACCAAGUUUUGUUGAUAGCUCUCAGCCCUAGCAUGUUUGUCACCUUUGUAAGUCCAUCUAUGGUCUCAAAGAGGCUCCUUGUACUUGAACUUCAGCAUGGUACCGAAAAGUUAGUUGAAUCAAUUAUUUCCUUAAUGGGUGCCACUUUCUCUAUCAAAGAUUUGGGUUGCCUCAAUUAUUUUCUUGGUGUGAAUGCUAUCUUUACCAAUGCUGGUCUCUUUUUGUCACAAGCUCAAUACAUCCGUGAGCUAUUGGCCAAGUUUGGCAUGAGUGAUGCUAAGCCUGUGCAAUCCCCAUUGUCCACUGUCCUGUUGCAAUUACAUCAAGGGAAUCAGCUCUUUGAUGCUCAACCGUAUCGUCAACUUGUUGGUUCUUUGCAAUACCUUGCUCUUACUUGGCCGGAUAUCUCUUUUGCUGUUAACAAAUUAUCUCAGUUUCUUCAUGCUACGUCUGAUGUUCAUUGGCAAGCUACGAAGCGAAUUUUGCGGUAUCUUAAAGGUUCUUUAUUUCAUGGUCUUCUUCUCUGUCAACAACCGAUCUCUCCUUUGCAUGCUUUUUCUGAUUCAGAUUGGGCUGGUGACAAGGACACUUAUCAUUCUACAACUGGAUAUGUGGUGUUCCUCGGCAACAAUCCCAUUUCUUGGCGAGCCUGCAAGCAAAGAACUAUUGCUCGUAGUUCCACCGAGGCAGAGUACUAUGCACUCACUGUUGCUUCUUCUGAAUUGGUUUGGCUUAAGCAUCUACUUCAUGAACUUGGCCAUCCUAUAUCUGAAUGUCCUACAAUUUACUGUGACAAUGUUGGAGCUACCCAUCUGAUUCUUUCGGAUGAUGCAGCUACUAAACACUGGGGGAAAUUACUGCAUACCAUUGUCACCCUUUCGUCACGGCCAGAACAAGAAAGAGUGGAGCAAGAAUCGAAACUGCUAGACGUUGCAGAAAAUGUAAGAUAUACUGUUGCCUUUGUUAAACUUUAUAAUGUUGGGAAGAAAGAGGAGGAUCCAUUGUUUACUGAUAUAAAAGAUCCAAAGCAAUUCUUGGUGGCUUCACUAGCAAGGCUUUCUUCUCUUUCCUCUGGGAGGUACGCACAGAUCAUCAGUGAACAUCUUGAGCCAAUGAAUCAAGCUGCUUUACUUCAGCACUAUCGCACUUAUAGUUGCUUUAUAGUUUGAUAUCUUGUCUCUUUUUUCAUUGGGCUUAAGAUAUAUAUAUAUAUUGUUCUCUGCUGUUUUCUUCAUUUUGUGUCCAAACAGAGAUUAAUCCUGCUUUAUGAUUCCUGUUAAAUGUUAUAAUUUAUAUACAUUGCUGAACCAACAACUUAUUAGUCUAAAUGAAAGGAGCGGUCUUGA